CAAGACAAGAUUAAACUUUCACUGGAGAGAUUAAAGAUGGUGGAGGUGGAGAGCAGCUCCCUCAUGUUAUUGAGUGAACAGCGACAUUGGUACGAGAAAUGUCUUGGUGAGAUAGCCAAUCAGGUGGUUCAAGCCUUUUUAGCUCACAAGGUAGCUAUAUUAUAA